GAAGCUAGCGUAGCACUAGCUGCCAUGCCGGGACUGUUUCUGCAACCCUUACUGACCUCAACGUGUAUCAUAAUCUUUGCCAUUCUGUGGCUGCUAGGCUUAAUCUGCGUCGUGUCCGUGGGUCAUCCUUAUUUGGAUAAGAAGGUCAACGUGGUGAAGUACGCUGCAGAUAACUUCUUCGUGGCCAUGUUACCGUUCUACCUGUUGCUCUUCUUCUGGCUAGUGCAGAUCAUCCUCAACAGUCAGCUCUUCGUUAUUGCAGCGUCUGUGUCGUCGUGGUAUUUUACCCGGGACAAGACACACAUGAAAUCACCUGUGACGACCGGCAUUCGAUACCUCGUGUGCUACCAUUUAGGGUCCAUCGUUUUUGGAUCUCUCAUAGUGGCCUGCAUCAAGCUCCUGCGUGCUCUUGUCAAGGCCAUUGAAUAUUCGAUGAAGCGCGACACGGAGAAGGUGAAAAUCUUCGCCCGAAUUUGGGAAGCAGUGUGCCAGUGCGUCCAGAAGUUCCUCACUUUCGUUAACCGCAACGCAUUCAUCGUCAUAGCGAUCCACGGCUAUUCAUUCAUAACGAGCGCCAAGCGCGCUUUCACCCUCUUGGCUCAACACGCAAUGGACGUCGUGGCCAUCAACUCAGUCGGGGAUUUCGUCCUAUUUCUGGCCAAAGUUGCUGUCACUGUCUUCACGGUGCUCUGCGGCAUCGAAAUAAUGAACCAACACCAGGGUGUGCACUACAAGUGGGUUCCAGUUUUUGCCGGAGCCAUUCUCACCUACUUCGUAGCGGAUAGCUGCAUCUCAAUCUACGAGAUGACCAUCGACACCCUAUUCGUGUGCUUCUGUGAAGACUGUGAGUGGAACGACGGUGUCACAAAGCCCUUUUUCAUGUCAGACACUUUCAAGGAAUUCAUUGAGGACAGCAGACGGGAUUGCACAACCGAGCCGAAACAGUUCAAGUAAAACCUGCACUCGGGACAACGAUACAAAUAAACAGAUACUUACGUUAACAAAUAAAAAUAUUAAUAUUGA